GUCGAAAAAUUGUUAAGAGAAAUUAAAGUGCGUAAUCGGCUGGUCCGGAGAGCCAGUGACGUCACAGCCGCCCUUCUGUCGCCCGUUCAGAGCUCGAGCUGUCAGCGUGCGGACGCGCAACCAGGAAAAACAACAACAAACAAACAAAACAAAACAGCAAAACGCGCAGAGUUUUGGGACUGUGCGGCUGUGUGAGACCACCUCGACUCGUUCACGCUGGUGAAUUGUGAGUUUAAAGCGAAGGAAAGGCGCGCGGAACGGAAACAUGGCCGAGCUGAUGGCCGGGUUCGGGAGCUUUACGCACGCCGUGGUUCGAGCGGUUCCUCGGUCUCUGGCCACGGAAGCCCUGAGGACGGAUAAUCUGGAGGUGGACCCGGUGAAAGCCCAGCAGGAACACGAGGAGUACGUGACGGUUCUGAAGCACCGGCUCGGGCUGGAGGUGAUCGAGCUGCCCGCGGAGGAGACGCUACCGGACUGCGUGUUCGUGGAGGAUGCUGCGGUUGUGUGCGGUGACACCGCGCUCAUCACCAGACCAGGAGCCGAGAGCAGACGCGGGGAGACGGAGGCCAUGAAGAGAGCGUUGACUGAGCUUAGUCUGAAUGUCGUGGAGAUGACGGACGAAACGGCCACGCUGGACGGAGGAGACGUCUUGUUCACAGGUAGAGAGUUUUUCGUGGGUUUAUCCAAGAGGACCAAUCAGAGAGGAGCAGAGAUUCUGGCCGACACGUUUAAGGACUACGCCGUGUCGAUGGUUCCAGUACAGCAGGGACUUCAUCUGAAGAGUUUCUGCAGUAUGGCCGGACCGGAUCUCAUCGCCAUCGGCUCCAGUGAACACGCACAGAAAGCCCUAAAGAUCAUGCAGCAGAUGAGUGAUCAUAAAUAUGAUAAACUGACGCUUCCUGAUGAUUUGGCUGCAAACUGCAUCUACAUGAAUCUGCCCUCUAAAGGUCACGUCCUGCUCCACUGCACACCUGAAGAGUUCCCCGAGAGCGCCAAGGUGUUUGAGAGGCUGAAGGAUCACAUGCUCGUCCCAGUGUCCAAUCAGGAGAAGGUGAAGGUGGACGGCGCUCUGACCUGCUGCUCGGUCCUCAUCAACAAGAAGAGUCCGAUGUGAUGGAUCUCCUCCGGAUGUUUUCUCUCCUGAAAGCCAUUUACACGAUCACGCGAGUGCUCUUAUUGUGUGACGCAGUAAUGAGGGUCAUUCGUGAAACAUGAAGGGAACACAUUUUUGUACACGUCAUUUGUAAAUCUGCUCUUACUUUCAUUUUGUAGACUUGAAUUUGUUGUUUAAAUGUGACAUUUCUGUUUAAAUUGUUCUGUCUGCACUUCACAAACUAUCUCUAGUGCACGUGAUUUACUGUGAAAAAAGUGUUUUUGAGAGUUUUGUAGAAAUGAUGAACAACAAUCAAGAAAUGCAAAAUCAGUUUCUUUCAUGUGAAGAGAAAAUGAAACAUAAAACAUAAAAACACCAAAGCUUU